GGGUACGACGGCAGUAUGAUGAAUGGACUGCAGUCCUUUCCUCAGUGGGAGUCCGCCUUUGGCUAUCCAUCUGGCGGUAAACUAGGUCUCUUGAACACCAUUCAGGUAAGUUUCUUUUCAGGCUAUGCAUUUACCCCUUAUGUAUCAGACAGUAUAGGACGUCGUAAGAUGCUGUUCUUUGGUGCAACAAUUAUGUGCAUUGCUACUGCCAUACAGACUGCCUCUCAGUCCGUGAGCCCGUUCAUUGGUGCUCGAUUCCUUAUCGGUUUUGGUCUUACUUUUGCCGCUAACGCCGCACCAAUGUCGGUCAUUGAGGUUUCGUAUCCCACAUACUGUGCUCCCCCGACAUCUCUUUGCAACUCCCCUUGGUACUCUGGUUCUAUCAUCGCUGCCUGGACAACUUAUGGCACGUUCAUUUGCACCUGA